UGCGUUUUUUGUAGUCCAUCUUCAGAAAUUUGUAGUUUCACCACGGGCAGACGCACGUCAGUAACAACUGCCGUCGCGUGAUGACGUAGUGCAGUGAAAGUGGAGUCGGAUUCUCCGAGCAGCGCUGUCGGCCUUUCCUAAGUCCUAUCAGUCCUCCUUUACACCUUUCCUUGUCCUCGUGACGUUGUCCACUGCGGUCAAGGAAUAGUAGAUAGGAGUAGGAGAUAGGAAGGACAGUUCGACCUCACCCGCCGCCUACCGCUGUUAGCUAGCUCGUCACGGUUUAAUGACGUCACCGUCUGACCUGCUCUGGCAGCCCCAGUCCGCCCCAAAAAAAACAAGGAUGUAGCCGCAGAUGAAAACUUGUCCAGGCGUUGGAAAACUACAGAGAAGAACUUCACGCUGAAAACAAACCGUUGAGGACAUCGAUCGGGACGACCACGCGCAGUCGGAGAUGAUUCUGCUCUUGUCCCUGCUGAUCUUCUUUGUGCCACUAGAGGGUGGCAGCUCAUCAAUCAGCUGCUACAACGACCAAGGAGAUGCUGUUGACUGGUUCUAUCUGUACAAGCUGCCGAAACAAGAUGGCACGAAAUCUCCCGAAAAGGGUGAAAUGUAUUUGCUCUUGGACAAAGGGAGUGAAGGAUGGACCGAUGGGAAGGUGACAGUGAACGACACCACGGGAGCCUUGGGCAGGACAGUCGGACAGCUGUACUCACAGGGAAAGAACUCAGAGGUAGCGUACAUCCUUUACAACGACCAGAGGCCAACUGAGGACGGCGGUGGAAGACGGGUUGACAACAGUGGAAGCAGUGGGGGGCACACGAAAGGUGUUGUGCUGCUUGAUAAAAACCAGGGCUUCUGGUUGGUCCACAGCACCCCACACUUCCCCCCUGUGCGACAGGCAGGAGAGUUCUCUUACCCCAGCAGCGGUGUGACCAACGGACAGAACUUCAUCUGCGUUACCUACCCACUCGACCGCUUCCAGACCAUCGGAGAGCAGCUGCAGAUCAAUCAGCCUCAUGUGUACGACUGCGACAUCCCGGAGUCCCUGGCGUCACUGGUACCCGCGCUGGCUGCCGUCUGUGGGAAAAAACGUCUGUCCGACGUUCACAUCGCACCGCACAACAAACCUGUGUCCAACCGCAGCGUGACUUUGACCUCGAAGGAUGGAACAGACUUCAUCAGCUUCGCCAAAGGAGCCUCUUUCGACAACGACCUCUACCACUCCUGGGUGGCCCCGAGCCUGCAGUCAGACCUCCUGGUCCAGUUCUGGAUUCGCUCCAGCGGCAUCCUCCCCUCCGACUGCUCGCUGGGCUGGAAGGUGCUGGACAUCGAGCUCAUCAGCCCGGGCAAGGCGUUCACUUUCAAGGCCAGCCAGGACCACUCCAAGUGGGCCGUCAGCACCGAGGCGGCUGGCCGGGGCGUUGGUGGGGGCUGGGUUUGUGUGGGAGACAUAAACCGGAACAAGGCGGAGGAGAAGCGGGGGGGAGGGACGGUGUGUCUGCGGCACCCGGCGGUGUGGAAGGCUUACCGGACGGCGGCUUUGCAAUGCGAGGCUUGUGGAGGAGGAACCGUCCAGUGCUGACGCCCCGCCGGAGACAGCCGGCUCAACUGGGCGUGGGGAUGCAGGGUGUGAAAUAAAUAUUGUACAAUGCGUAUUUUUAAUCUAAUGUUUGGCAAAAAUGUACAUACAAUGACCCAUGAUUACCAUUUUAUCAUCAUUUUAGCUUCAUGUCUGGGCUCACCUCUGUCCCACUAACCUCUGCUGUCUGUCAGUCAACAUUUCUUUCAUCAGACAAAUCAGUUCCGCUACAGCCGGUGCCAUUAGGAAAAAAGAAAAACGAUUUCUGUGUGUGUGUGGGCGGGGAAACUGCAAACACAGCAGCACUGGGACUCAACGUCAUCAGUUGGUUUCUUCCAGUUCCCUCUUCUGAAGUCUUUCAUUCGGCUGUCUAACUAAUCAAGGAAUCUCUGCUGUCUCAUAACCUACACACUGCUCGGUCCUCUCUGCCCUGCUGUUGUUACAGACAUGUCUGAACUAACCUGUCUUUUAAAUCUGUUCAUCCCACAGUUGCCUUGGGAUGGGCUUGUUGAAAAGACAAAGAACAUAAAUAUUGAACAAUCAACGCUCUACAUUGAAACUACCUUUUUCAUCUAAACACGCAUGGCGUACCGCACUGCUGCUCUGAUGCUGGAUUAUUAGUUAUUGGCGUAGUUACUCAUGUCAAUGGGAUUUUGAAUGAGGUUUUCUUACUUCUUACUUACUUUUGUUACUUUUCUUUACUGUUGUCAUUACAACACUGCAUUUUGAACAGGAGCAAAUGUUGCUUGGGUUGCCCAUGUGUCGUCAACAUUGAAUAUUCACGACUGAAAGCAAAAUUUAAAAGAUCUUUUGGUAUUAUUUAUUUAUCAACGGCCAAUCAGGCAAAUGCUGCUUCACGGGGACUGCGUGGGCUGGGGUUUGAUUCCAUUUGAUCGACAGUGAGUAAACAUCCCGCCAAACCGAUAUGAUUUCUCAGACGUCGUUAAAUCUGAUGCCAGGAAAUAAAUGACAACACCUGUUUUUCCAAGUCUCCUCCAUUUCAAACCAGCGUGAGAUGAAAAACCAGCGUGAGAACCAAUUCUGGUUCCAAACCCUCGUUGUGAAGACAUUUUGAUGUUGUGAGGACAUUUUGGGCGGCCCUCACAGUUUCGAAGGGCUGUUUGAAGGUUUGGUUUUAGAUGUUAGGGUUUGAAUUGGGUUAAGGUCAGGGUAAGGGAUUGGGGAAUGCAUUAACCGGAUUUCUGUCCUCACUACGAUAGAAGUACAAGGUUUGUGUGUGUGUGUGUGGAAUCCCAUUACUCACAAUAAAAAGCUGAUAAAAAAUUAAGAAAUGUUUUCAGGGCCUUUAAGGCACAAGAACCAUUUGACUUGUUCAGAAGGAUUUUAAGCUGUUACGAACACACCACAUCUGCCUCGGACUUUGAAGCAUACAUACGAUGUUCAUUUUGAAAAUCACAAAAACCCUCAAAGUGCAUCCCAAUCCAGCCUUGGCGCCUUUCUCAUGAAGGGAAAGCAUCGGUUUCGAGACGUGUUUUUACAGCCGCCGAGGCGUCUUUAACUGAAACUGAAGAGACAAUUUUGCAAAGUGAAUGAGUGCAGCUUCAUAAACUUAUCCUGUUUAAAUCAACAUUAGCUGCUUUGUGGGUGAGAUAGAUGAGAGCAUCGAGCUUUGCUUUUUAAAAAACCUAUUGAAAGUGGAUCUCAUGGGAUUAUAGUUUGAUGAACAAUUUGGGAUUAAUUGCACUAUACAUGCACACAUUCUACUGACGACAUUGAUGUGUGAGGAAAGGUUUUAAUACUUUAAUGUUUGUAUUAUUAAUUGGUUGGUAAAGUAUGAGGGCUUUUCUGACAUAAAUAUAUUUUGUUAUGUCCCUUAGAUUUUAUUUUCCACAUACAUUCAUUCUGAUACUGAAUUGGCUUGAAGAUUUAAGACGCUGGUUAUCUUUAAUCUGAAUGAAAAAAUAAAAAAGGCAGGUGUUUUUUUUGUA